AUGUCAGAAAGUGAAGAUAACUUGAGUUUUGAAUACGAUGAUGAGAUUGCAGACGGCUCCGAAUCAGAUUUUUCAUUUGAAGAAGAACUAGAUUCUGAAGAGGAAGAUAUCCCAAAUGAUAAUGACACUGAUACUGAUAACGAAUCGAUUCAGUUAUUUAAUAAUACCAGCAGUUCUAAUUUUCAUCCUAUAAAGCGAAAUAGGGUUUCAUACGAGCCUUGGAAAUUAACCAGCUAUAUUCAAGAGUUCUUACUAGAUAAGGCUAUUACGUUGAAAAAUAUGCAGUUGCCACAGUGUGAUCUCGAUAGCAUUAUUAUGAUGCUUCAUUUCAAAAACUGGCAAUCGGAAGAUGUUAUCAAUGCAUUCUAUGAUGAUUGGCCAAAACUUCGAGAUUCUUGUGGUUUGACGGAUCCAAACGAAAAGAAUAAUAAUGUGGCAAAAGUUAAAGAAUUUAACUGUUCAGUCUGUUGCGAAAAAUAUGAAAUUACAGAGGUAUAUUCAUUAAGCUGUGAUCAUGAGUUUUGUUUGAAUUGCUAUAGUGAAUAUGUAAGAGAAAAUAUUCAUAAUGGGCGAAUAAUACGUUGCAUUAAUGUUGAAUGCAACUUGUCUAUCACUCAUGCUGAUGUAGAAAUGCUCUUUCAAAGUAAAGAUGGGAAAUUGGCUGAACCUAUACUUGAUAUGACUAAAAAUCAUUUACUCGCAGCGGCGGCAAAGGCUUAUAUUGAAAGCCAUAAACAAAAGUGGAAGUGGUGUCCUGCUCCCGAUUGCACAAAUCUUACAGAACUAGUUACAAGAAAACCUCCUAAAGCAGAAAAUGUGAACGGUGAAGAUGUGGAUAUUUUAAACGUUCCCAUAGUUACUUGUCCAGAAAAUCAUGAGUUUUGCUACGAUUGUCAAUACGAGAACCAUUUGCCUUGCCCCUGCUGGAUUGUGAAAUUAUGGGUUAAGAAAUGUCAAGACGAUUCUGAAACCGCCAAUUGGAUCCAAGCUAAUACACAAGGAUGCCCUAAGUGUGGUUCGCUGAUAGAGAAAAGCGGUGGGUGCAACCAUAUGACAUGUUCUAAGUGCAGAUACGAAUUUUGCUGGAUUUGCUUAGUCUCAUGGAAAGAACAUGGAACAUCGUACUACAAAUGUAAUAGAUUUGAUCCCGAAGAGACGGAUGCUGUUAAAAAGUUACAGCAGCUGAAAAGGCUUUCAUUACAGAGAUAUUUGCAUUUUUACAAACGUUUUUCGGUUCAUGAAUCUUCAAUGAAGGGUGAUCAGAAAAUUAUUGACAAAGUAGACAAUAAAAUGAAACUAUAUAUGGAAGAAGAACUGAAAAAGAAAAAUAAGUCCCAACAGAACCUCUCAUGGAUUGAUGUUCAAUUUUUGCACGAUGCGAUCAAAGCACUAACUAAUGGCCGUAAGACCCUUAAAUGGACAUAUUGUUUUGCAUUCUAUCUUUCAAAGACAAACUUCUCUGAAAUAUUUGAGCAGAUGCAAGACUAUUUGAAUAAAACAGUUGAAGACUUGUCUUUAAUCUUCGAAGAAGUCAAUAGCAAAAGACAUAAGACUCAAAAUAGUAUGAUAAUAAUGAAACAUAAACAAGAAAUUGUCAAUCUAAGUAAUUUAGUUAUCAAAAGACAGAAAUUACUAAUAGAAUGUGCUUAUAGUGGACUUAACCAGGGCCAUCUAGUCUUUGAGGUAGUAUAG